AUGGAACUCAAAGGGCUUCUGGCAGCUUUCUUUGCUGCAUCCUCGCUUUCCUUGGGUCUUGCUCAAAAUCAAUGCGGUUCUGUCAGACCAGUUCGUGAAGCCGUCAAGGCUGCACGUGCUAUGCGAGCUGCGCAGAGAGCCGAGGCAAGCAAUGAUCAACCCUCAACUCUUUCGAGACGAGCCGAGGGCUUGACCAUCUCGACUUACCUCCAUGUGGUUGAGAGUGAAGCCCAAGCUGGCUUUGUCACGGACCAGAUGCUCGCGGACCAAAUGAAAGUCUUGAACGAGACGUUUGCGCCACACAGGAUUCAGUUCGUCGUCAAGGAUGUGACGCACACUGUCAAUGAUAAAUGGGCGUCGGUUACUCGAUUCAGAGAAAAGGACCUGGCUCUUCGUCAGGGAAACUAUGACGAUCUCAACAUUUACUUUGAGACGGGCCUGAUGACCGAGGGCUCUGUCACAGGUAUCUGUAGUUGGCCUGUCGAAGAUCCCGUCAACACGGGCAUCAACGGUACGUCUUGGGCUGUGUACGACGGCUGCCAUGUGAGCCCAGGCACGAUGCCAGGAGGUCCAGGCGUUCCGUGGAUUUCGACAGAGGACAAUAAGGGCAAGACUGCAACUCACGAAGUUGGACACUGGUUUGGUCUUUUUCAUGUUUUUGACGGCUUUAGCUGCACGGGUGAUGGUGAUUUUAUCGAUGACACGCCUGCAACGCUGAGUGCCACUGUGGGAUGCCCUGUUGGACAAGAUUCGUGCCCUGAUCAGCCUGGUCUUGAUCCGAUUCACAAUUACAUGGACUAUAGUAGCCAUGAUUGGAAGAGCGCAUGUAUAGGACGUUUGAGACUCUGA